AUGAGCGAUGGUAGGUCUGUAAGUGGCCAACUGAAAAAGUUCGUGUUUCGUGGCAAGUCAUCAAGUAACGGAGACACUCGAGGUGAAUAUUUGGAGAUAGUUAUACCGGAGCUUCUGACGGCUGGCUAUUCGUUCUACACGUGGCCGUCGGCACCACUAUUAGCUUGGUAUUUGUGGACGCAGAGGCGACAUUUACGCGGACUUCGCGUACUAGAGCUAGGCUGUGGAACUGGCCUGCCAGGCAUCUUAGCUGCAAAGUGCGGCGCCCGUGUUACGCUCACCGAUAGCGUCGCUCUGCCGCGUUCCUUGCGGCACCUUUCUGCGUGUUGUGAGGCUAAUGGUCUUGUUGUCAAUCGCGACGUAAAGAUCUUAGGCCUCGCCUGGGGCCUGUUCCUAUCAGAAGUUCACACACUAAGACCAGUAGACUUAAUAUUAGCUUCAGAUUGUUUUUACGAGCCCUCCCAGUUCGAAGAAGUGCUAUCGACAGUUGCUUACCUCCUUGACGGCACUGACGCCCGAUUUUUAUGUUCUUACCAGGAACGCAGCGCAGACUGGUCCAUUGAGGCUCUUCUGAAGAAGUGGGGACUGAAGGGAGCUCUGCUGGACUUGGACUCACUCAAAUAUCCAGAUUCAGACUUCUCUGAUGAUGAACAGUCUCCUUUAGACAAAUCUUUUAGCAAAGCAUCCGACCAUGUAAGAAAACUAACAAAUGUACUGAAUAACAACCAACUGCUAGAGCUGUAUGGUCUGUACAAACAAGGCACUGAGGGUAAAUGUAACAUACCUAAGCCUGGCUGGUUGGAUGGCAGGGGGCGCAAGAAAUGGGAAGCAUGGAACUCACUGCACAACAUGCCACAAGAUGAGGCUAAACAAAAAUAUAUUGCAUUAGUACAGAAGUAUGCGCCAGAGUUGACAGAUCUAUCAAAUGAUAACGAGUCAGGAGGUAAGGAAGCCUGGGUGGCUGUAUCUUCCAUGCUGAAAUUACCAGAACCUGAACUGGUACACAAUGAAUUGUCCAUAUUAGAUGCAGCCAGAGAGAACUGUGCUGAUCGAGUCACAGAACUUCUUUCCAAACAUCCAGAACUCCGUCAUGAAAGGGAUGAGGAUGGUCUCUCUGCACUGCACUGGGCUGCUGACAGAAAUGCAACUGAAGCAUUAAAAGCAGCUUUGGAGGGAGGGUGCCCAGUGGAUGCUGCAGAUGAAUGUGGUCAGACAGCUCUACAUUACGCUGCAACCUGUGGCCACAUUGAGUCAACCACUAUACUGUUGAAAGCUGGUGCUGCACUCCUUAAAGAUGAGGAUGACUGUACUCCACUAGACUUAGCUUCUGAUGAUGACAUUCGGAAGGUUCUGGAAGGUGCUAAGUAG